UGUGUGGCACGGAAGAAAAAGCCGCAAACACGCUGAUGUGGAGUUGUCUGGCCGGGUGAGAUGUUCUCAUGGAGCUGCUCACACCGACAGCGUCUCGUUUGCGUUUGACUUCACCAUGCACUUCAGGACUUCAGUAAGAUGCGUGUGUGUUGUCAGAUAAUCAUUUUGCUUCUCUCCUGCAACUUCUGCGCUUUCGUUUAUACUCAGGACCCCUCCUGCUGCCAUCAUGCCGCGGAGCUCCCCCAGUGUAAGGACGCGUGCGACCAGCUUGCAACGAUUAGAAGUGAAUCCCGUCUGAAGCACCUUCUCCAGCGUUUACCCAGUUACUGUCCCGAGUCUAUGAAUGAGCUUUGGAUCUGCAUUAACUCAACAUUACCUGGGGCAUCAAGGAAAUCAGAUGGAUGGGUCGGCCUUGGCUGCUGUGAACUGGCCAUCUCGGCAGAGUGCCGCAGGGAAUGCAAACAGGCAUCAUCGAAGAAUGAUAUCACAAAAGUAUGCAGAAAGGACACAGAGAAACCGCUCUACAGCUGUAUCACCAAAAAUGAAAUGGGCUCAGUGUGCUGCAGCUAUGCAGGGAGACACACUCACUGCCGGGAAUACUGCCAGGCCAUCUUUCGCACAGACUCCUCACCCACUGUGUCUCAGAUCAACACCGUCAAGGAGUACUGCCAGAGCAUUAGCCCUCAGCUCAUCAGCUGUGUGGCCAACUACACCAAAUCAUAUCCCACCAGGAGUCCCAUCGACAGCCUGUACUGUUGUGACCGGGCAGAGGAGGCACACUGCCAGACGGCGUGUAAACGGAUCCUGCGCACCAUGAACACCGAGCACGAGAUCAUGGAGGGCCUGAUUGCAGAGUGCGGAAGCCAGCCCCUGCCCCAGGACCCACUGUGGCAAUGUUUUCUGGGUAGCACUCAACCUCUGGACAAAAUUGACCCAGAAACCUCCUCAACAGCCAAGAUGGACUGCGCCAAGCUCCACUGCUGCUCCAAAGCGAAUACCUCACAGUGCAGAGUUAUGUGCCAGGAGAUCAGCACCAACUGGGGAACUCAGACGUGGCAGGAGUUUGACCAGGUCUGUGAGUACAGCCCUGUGGAGACAGAUCUCAUCACCUGCCUGGCAGAUGUGAGGGAACCGUGCCAGCUGGGCUGCAGAGACCUCACCUACUGCACCAAUUUUAACAACAGGCCUACUGAGCUCUUCCGCAGUUGCAAUAUCCAGUCUGACCAGGGUGCCAUGAAUGACAUCAAACUUUGGUCCAAUGGAACCAUAAAGAUGCCUCUGAUGAACAUCCCAGUUUUGGACAUCAGAAAGUGCCGGCCGGAGAUGUGGAAGGCUGUGGCCUGUGCGCUCCAGAUCAAACCCUGCUACAGCAAAUCAAGAGGCAGCGUCAUCUGCAAGUCGGACUGUGUGGACAUCCUGACCCACUGCGGCGACUUCUCACGUUUCCCAGAAGGCCACACCCCGGAGCAGAUCUGUGACCUUCUGUCCCCUACCGAUGACCCAGAGAGAUGCAUCCCUCUGCAGAGAUACCUCACUCCUAGUCCUUUUGAGAACUUCAUCGAGGAGGUGAUCCAUCCCUGUAAUCCCAACCCAUGUCUCAGCAACCAUCUGUGUGAAGUAAACAGGAAGGGCUGUUAUCCAGGACAAGACUGCCUGCCUUAUUUCUGUGUGCCUGGCUGCAAACUGGGUGAAGCUUCUGAAUUCCUAGUGCACGUGGAGGCUCGGAUCCAGGUUCCAGUGCGCAGCGGCCAGGUAGGCUGUUACGAGGUGUGCACCUGCGGACACAGCGGGCGGCUGGAAAACUGCGCAGAGAUGCCUUGCAUCGACACCACCAAGACCUGCACCAUCGGUGGACAGAGGAAAAGUCAUGGAGCAUCAUUCAAGGUGGACUGUAAAUCCUGCUUUUGCUCCGCUGGAGAAACCAUCUGCUUCCCACCACAGUGCCCCAGUCUAGACAGCUCAGGCGAGCCCCGCCGGGCUUUUACAGGUCUUCCAUGUAGCUGUCCUGAUCAUUUUGUUCCAGUGUGUGCCCGUAAUGGACGCACGUAUCCCAGUGCCUGUGUGGCACGCUGUAUGGGCUUCCAAGACAAUCAGUUUGUGUUUGGCUCGUGCAGGAGUACAGGACCCUGCUCACCCAACCCCUGCCAGAGAAACCAGAGGUGUAUCCCGAAGCGGCGUGUGUGUCUGACGAAUACGACAGACUACCCAUGUGUGCAGUACCAGUGCGUGGGCCACCCUUCCGGCUGUGACCCAAACCAGCUGGAUCCAGCUUGCGACACGGACAGCAUGGAGCACACCAACUUGUGCCUGCUGUACCAGAGCGGCAAAACCCUGGCAUAUAUGGGUCACUGUCAGGACGCCUGCAGGGUAACUCGGGAAGUGUGCGGACACAACGGUGAGACGUAUAACACGGUGUGUGAGGCGUUUUCAGACCGUGUGGCUGUGGAUUAUCAGGGCCGCUGCCAUGCUGUGGGUUCUGUGUCAGGUUUCCCGUCUGAUUCAGGCUGUAACGCUGUGCCUUGUCCUCCCCUCUCUGCUGCGGGCUGUAACCCCAUCUCUCCACCUGGUGCGUGUUGCCCUGUAUGUGCCGGGAUGUUGCAGAUCCUCUGGAAUAAACAGCAAAUGGAUGUCUUUGCCAAGUUGAACCGGAAUCAGCCAGUCACGGUGCAUGACAUUCUGAGAAUCCUGCGUCUGCACAUCUCUGUUCCUCAGUGUGAUAUCUUUGGCUACCUGAGCAUCGACUCUGAGCUCGUGAUCCUCAUCAUACCUGUGGACCAGCAGCCCACUCCGCUACAGAUUGAAGCCUGCAGCAAAGAAGCCGAGAAGAUUGACUCUCUUAUUAACUCGGGCAGUCCCACGCUAGUGUCCCACGUCCCCCUGUCCGCCUUCCUGACCUCCGAGCUCAAACUGUCCACCGUUAGCUCUGCUGCUUCCCCCAGCACCUCUUCCCUGUGUGUGUCCACCUGUCUCUCUCUCUGUCUCCUCCUCACAUUUCUGCUGUCCUACCUAAACACCCUGAACAGUCGUUGCUGAGCAACAGCGACCCAGGACUAACCUUUGACCUUCCUUGCCUUGUUCCUAGAAGCCCCAGUCUGCAUAGCCUUGACAAUCACAGAAACGCCGAGAACACUUGCUCGCAAUAUGUCGGGACAAUGAAGUUAAGGAAUCAAUAAUGGACUGUUGAGCUGUAUUCCUGUCGAGGGUAAGCUGGACAAGCUCUGUCGAGUCAUGUUGAUCUUUUCUUUUAUAGUCACAGAGCAGAGAGCAUAAGAAAGCGAAAGGAAUAAAGCAAGGAGAUGGAUAGAGUGAGCUCUCCCAAUGAAUUUCUGCCUCUGGCACUCCUCUCUGCUGCCUUUCACUGCCGGUUCACUGGAGCAGAUACUUUAAACAAUGUACGUCUCACACACCUCGUUUUAUAGAUAAGAACUGAAGAAAUUAAGCAGUGGAAGUGGAGAAGGCUUUCGAACCCAAAAGGAAAGGGAUCUUUCUUCAUUCCUCUCUGUAUAUAAUUUAAUAGACCUAAAAGGAGAAAGUAUAGCCAUCCUAAGCCGGAUUUACACUGUGCGAUUUCAGCGCUCUUUUGAGGUUGUUACUUACUUGAUCUCAGCCACAUUCUCGAACAGGCUUGACGAUAACAUGUUCUCCAUGUCAGUUUAUAUGAUGAAGAUCCUCUAAUAAGUUUACACAACCAUUAAAGAAAGAUCAUUUCAGACUGCGAUUGAAGAAAAGUAUUACAUUCUGCUUACCAGUUCAUAUAAUCCAGUGUUGUAGUCGAGUCACUAAACCUCGAGUCCGAGUCCAGUCUCGAGUCCCCAGUGUUCAAGUCCAAGUCAUUAAAGAAAAUUUCGAGUCCAAUUCCAAGAUUGAUACAAGUCUGAGUCUUGGACUAACGUUACUGCCUGACUGCUCCAUUUUAGUUAAUAGGCUACAGAUAAACAGCUUGUUCAUCACUCAGCAAGCCCCGCCCACUAUCAACAGGGCAAAUAACAUGAGAGACGGUUAACACUCGCCAGUUCAUCAGUCAGCAAGCAAGACCCGCUAUCAACAGGGCAAUGAACAUAGCAUGUCACUUCCUUCUCUGGGUGGAAUCUUACCAAAUGACGAUUGAAGUUCGAGGUUGUCCCCGUCGUCUCCUCGAUAGUUCUUCUACAUAUGGAACACACAGCAGUGCAUUUUUUCCCACUGCAUGAGAAGUCUGUAUAAGCAAAGCGGACAAUCCUAGGGGCUUCGCUCCAGGCAUUUUAACGCCAUUAACGUUAAUUUGUUCCUGAACAUGACGUAUGAACAGGUGAAUGUGCAUUCUCUUGCACAAAAUUAGUAUAAAAAUUAAUGUAGACAUAAAUAUCUUAUGCCAAAAUCAUUAUGGCAUGUUACAAAAAAACAAAGAAAAAAUCAGAGUCCUCGUCUCCAAUUUACAAGUCUGAAUGCAGUUAAUGCACGAGUCCGAGUCAUCAGUGCUCAAGUCCAAGUCAAGUCAUGAGUCCUUAAAAUUAGGGCACGAGUCGGACUCGAGUACUACAAGCCUGGUAUAAUCUGAAUAGAAACGUGCUUGAAAGUGAGCUUGUGGUUAUGAACAUCUUUUAUCUGUCCAUUAGCGUGGUUUGUUUACGUGUCACCAUAUUCGUUCCCCAAGUUGUAGCUGUCCAGUGAGUUUUUUAUGCCGUCUUCUUCUUGAUGGGUUUUCAAGAAGCAUCGCAUCGACUGAGAUUUUAGUCACAAUUUUCUGACACGACCAAAAUUUUGUUGUUUUUGGUUCCAACAGUGAUGCCAGUGAGCAUGUGAGAUUAUUAUGCAUUCAAAAGGCUGGAUCAUACUUGCUUUUACUUAAAGGGAUUCUCCAGCGGAUUGAUUUUCAAACUUGUUUUAUGUAAAAUUA